AUGGUGGGGAAGAGGGAAUCGAGCCCGGAGUGUAGCUGUCCCGGAAUCUGCCAGGGUAGGGAUGGGGUAAGAGCCAGGGAGGAAAAAUAUCGAAAACCAAAACUCUUGCGAAACAAGUCUGGCCCACUGCUGGGCCCGCGCUCUUACUGUGUGGUCUCGGCCGGCGAAUUUGAGAACCCGACUCUGGUGGCUGCGUUUGGCCGGAAGUCUAGGGAUCGUCUUUCUCUCGCUCUGUCCUGCAAGGGGCCUCUCGGGGCGCUCCUGGCUCGCUGGGUCCCCGCAGGGCUGGAGGCUAUCAUCGUUGGUGAACUUCAUGAGAACAUCACUCUGCACUGUGGCAACAUCUUGGGCCCCAGGGGCCUGGUGACUUGGUACCGGAAUGACUCGGAGCCCGUCUUCCUUCUGUCCUCAAAUGCCAGCCUUGUGCCAGCUGAGCCUCGCUUCUCUCUAGUGAACGGCAGCUCCCUGCACAUCGGGAUGCUGAGCCUGCAGGAUGAGGGCAACUAUAUCUGCCAGGAGAUGCGGAAUGGGACUUGGUGGUUCCCAGUGUGGCUGCAGGUGGCCAGCGGCCCCAGUCACAUUGAAGUCAAUAUCUCGGCCACCGGCGCUCUGGCCAACGGCUCGCUCUACGCCAUCAGGGGCUCGCAGGUGGACUUCGGCUGCCGCAGCAGCGCCCAGCCCCCGCCUGUGGUGGAGUGGUGGUUCCAGGCCCACUCCCGCUCCGAGUCCUUUGGUACCAACCUGACGGGCAACUACUUCACACUGCUAUUGAUGUCGCAAAACCUUCAAGGGAACUACACCUGUCUGGCCACCAACACGCUCAGCGGGAGACAGCGCAAGGUGAUCACCGAGCUCCUGGUCUACUCGCCCCCUCGGUCACCUCUGCAGUGCUCAGCAGAGACAGCAGCACAGUUGUCCACACUGAAGCUCAUCUGUCACUGGGACGGGGGCUACCCUGAUCCUAACUUCCUGUGGACAGAAGAGCCAGGAGGGGCCAUCGUGGGGAAGUCAGAGCUGGACCGGUCCCAGCUUUCGGAUGGCAAGAAGUUCAGAUGUGUCGGGAGUCACAUCGCGGGGCCAGAGUUGGGAGCCAGCUGUGUGGUGCAGAUCAGGAUCCCCUCCCUUUUUUCUGAGCCCAUAAAAACUUGCUUUGUGGGGGGCAACGUGACACUCACCUGCCAGGUAACUGCAGCCUACCCCGCCACCAAGAUCCAGUGGCUGAGGAACCUGACCCAGCCCGAGGUGGUCAUCCAGCCGGACAGCCACUACCUCAUUGCCCAGAAUGGCCAGAGCUCCACCCUCACAAUCCAUAACUGCUCCCAGGACCUGGACGAGGGCUACUACAUCUGCCGGGCUGAGAACCCUGUGGGGGUGAGGGAGGUGGACAUCUGGCUGAGUGUCAAAGAGCCUGUAAACAUUGGGGGCAUCGUGGGAACAAUUGUCAGUCUCCUGCUGUUGGGACUGGCCAUUAUCUCAGGGCUUAUGUUGUAUUACAGUCCCGUGUUCUGCUGGAAAGUAAGAAGCACUUUCAGGGGACAAGACAUGGGUGACGUCAUGGUUUUGGUGGAUUCAGAAGAGGAAGAGGAGGAUGCACAGGAGGAUGCCGCUGAAGAGGAGGAAGUGGAAGAAGAAGAGACUGAGAGAGAAGAAUUGCCAAAGGAAAUAAAUAAGCAUGGCCACAUUCACAGAGUGACUGCCCUGGUGAAUGGAAACUUAGAGCGGAUGGGGAACGGGCUCCAAGACCUACAAGAUGACAGCAAUGAGCUGCAAAGUGACCCUGUUCAAGAAGAAGAUCUUCCGGUGUGAAGAAGAGGUUUGCCCAUGAUCAUCUUGUCUUGAAAGCUUGGAAAGCUCCAUCGGAAGACGAAGACGAUUGCUUAAUCAGCUUUGCCUUGAUUCACACCCCUGCCCAGGAGCUUGCAUUACCAACAGCUGGGGUCCCUCAGCAAACAAGAAAAACAAACACACGUCUUUUCCUUCCAUUUAAAAAAAACCAACUGGUUUAAUUUGCUCUAAGUUUUCUCAGCGACGUUCAAAAGCUUCAGGAAGGAGUGGUGUGGGGAAAGCUGCAGCUGGCACGCGAGGUGCCAUUUUGCCGUGGCUGCUGGCGCCCCACAGGUUGACUUAGCAUGACAGGCACUGAUAUGGAAAGAGCACAGUUCAGUGGAAGCACUGGGCCUCCAUGCCCUUUGCCACUAAUCAGCUUGUCCCAGCACAAAAGGGAAUACUGUGUUGGAAGACAGGAACUUCCUUUAUCUCUGCCCAGGUGUGCUUGCAACGGAGGAAGCGGGCAGAUGGCAGCUCCCUGGGAAAGGUGAGGUGUCGGCUACCAGCAGCAGCGGAGCUGGCGGAAGGUGUCUGGGUCAGGCCUUAGAGUCUGAAACGCUGGGCUUGACUCUUCCUUGUGCCUUGGGCUUGGGUGUGUCGCUUGCUGAGCUGUUUCCUCCUGUGUGAAACUGGCGACAUCAAUCCUCCUGCUGCCAGGCUUGUGGUAAAGAUGAAAGGAGGUCAUUUCAGAUGUAAAAGUGCCUCAGAGGUGCUCAAUAGAAGUUAGUUACCUCCUCUGCCUUCCCUAAUGGAAGAAAAAAAUGUAAAUUAGGAGUGGCCGCCUUGCCUUCAUUCUUUACAGAAUGGCUUGGGAGAGGGCAGUGUCAGCUGCUCCUAACCAUGCCCCUGGAGAUGUAAUUCUUUUCAAAAGAGGUAGAGGCUGAUAAGAGGAGAUGUCUUUCAUUAUAUCCUCGCAUUGUGCAGAGCUUCGCAUUUACAUAAGCCUCCUACGUGCUGUACCUAGGAUUCACUUUCAGCUUUUCACAUACUUCAUUUCUUCGUUGCUUGGAAAAAAGGCACGCGAAACAUUUCCUAAUAGUAUAUCAGGUGAUAAGAAGCCUCAGACAAACUAGGCUCUGUAACCUCAGUUUCUCUACCCGGAAAUGGGAAAACUUCUUUCUUUCCUACUUCUUAAGGGUAUUGUUAGUAUACACUGAUUGAGAACACUAAGGUUCAAACGUAGUGUGCUGAGUUUUAGUUGCUAAUCUAAUGCUUCUAGUAGAUCCUUGAGUUAAAAAAAUUUUUUCUAAUUUCAUUCAAAUCUCUUAAUAUCAGGGACCUUAUGAGGGUGCGACCCAUGAUGUGUGCUAAGCAUAAACAUUUGACUUGAAUUUGCACUCUUUAAUGUUGUAUAUCCGGCUCCAAUGGGCAAGACCUAGGUAGGGCUUAGCGGAGAGCUCCUCUUCUCCAGUACUGAGAAUGGGCUUCUGAGAGGAGGAGCUGGUUCUAUGAGGUAACCUGCUGCGGUGGUAGGGAAGGUUGGUUUUCCUCGAUGAAGAGACUGAGCUGAGAAGAAUCAGAUUUGUGCCCUCUCCUCAGCUCAGGACACUAGGGAGUCUGGAGCCGCUGCAGUUUUUAACCCUCAGGAAUAGCUGUGAACUGCAGUUCUACUUGGUGAGGUCUUUUUGCUGCAGUAGUACCUUAUAUACCGGGUUAUUCUAAACUGUCUGUGUCAUUUCAGAAUGAGAUGCUCAGGUUGCUUCUAAAGUCUCUGGAGACUGAGCUUGUCUCCCUUAGUCUUGUAUGGCUAAAUUUCGGAAUUCAAGAGUCCAGUUUUCAGAUUUUAAACUGAUUUUUAACUAGAUUUUAAAGGGAAGAAACUAGAGGGGAAACCACUAGCUGGAAAUAGACAAUAUUUUGCAGGAUCACUGGGAUACUUUUCACAACUUCCUUUUCUCUUGCACA